GAAGGGCCAAAAAUAACACUUAACGAAUCUCGUAUUGGACACUCAAGUUUUUAGUAGACCAAAUUGAUACAAAUUCAACGUUAUUCGGUGCAUUUUAACCAUGCACUAACAUUUCCGUUAAACAUGUCUGUUAAACAUCAUGGGAUAAGGUUAUACUUUCUACAAAUUAUUAAUGGAAAAGGAAAAGUUUGGAUUCCUUGUCACACACUAUCCAAAGUGCUCCUAUGAUCCACCCAAGUCCCAACCAGAACCUUCUUUGUUUUUCUUUCCUCCUCUACAGUCCACACUACUAUUCUUCUUUCCAUGUCACUAGGUCGGCUGCUUAUCACCUGGACUCUUCUUUGCUUCUCCUGUCCACCAUUGCUGAAGUCAGACUACGCUUUGAAUUCCUCCGCCUAUCUAUACCAUUCUCCUCGCGUAGAGAGCUGUAGUACUUCUUGGUAAGUGGGAAAUCGGACUGUAUGUUCACUUCCAUCACCUGGGCUAGACCAACAGCAGAUUGCAGAAGUCGAUCCGAGCACCAAGUUCUAUCAUAGACAAUUGACCAGCACCGAAAUCAGUGAAAUCACCCACCCUUAUCUCUAUACGACUAUACCCAACCUGAGGCAACGACCCGGAUGACGUAAUCUUAUGUAACCCUAAGGAAGAAGCUAAAAUUGGUGAAGUUGGUAGAUUGGAGAAGAAUGAAACAAAGCUUCUUUCACCUCUCCAAACUCUGAUUUCUUAAGUUGAAGAUCCUAAUUCCUCCCUUACUCUUGUACUUGAAUGAGCCAAUUAGGAAUUCUGGGCGUGAAAUCUUUGCCAUCGGCGAGCUUCUUCUAAUCUUUGAAGCUACUCAAGCUAGCAUCUGGAUUGGAAGCCCGAGACAAAUUCCUGGGAGAGUCGUUGCCCUUGGAUGUGAUACCAGACUUCGCCGUUUUCUUAUCGCGAAAGACAGAGCGCAAGCUAUUGGUGGAUCCAUCUGUGCUGCAAGUAUCAUGUUUUCCGGAAGAGGAGAUUCGGCCUUUGAACACCAUCCUCAAAUGGUGGGUCUGCUAUGCUUUUAAAACACAGGCUCAAAUAUCUUCUUUUUACAGAGUUCUGAGCGUGGAGAAGAUGAAAGUGGCGUCUUUGUUUGAGGCAAACGUCGUUUAAAGGAAACGUUACUUGGGUGGCUGAAAAGCACCGAAUAGGUUUAACUUGUGUUAAUUUGGUCUCUUAAAAACCAAAGCAUCCAAUCCGAGAUUAAUUAAAAAUCUCAAUGUCAUUUUUUGCCCUUCACCCUAAGACUAAUAUCUAUUAAAUCAAACCACUUUAGACCCGACCAGAACAAACAUACAUAGUUACACGAAGAAUAGACAUUUCAAUACAUAGUUACAAUCUCAGUCCAAGUAAAAACAUUCUCAAAAACCAUUGAAACAAACCAAUAGAAAUUUCCAUCAAACUAAAAACAUCCUAAAUAUGUUUUUCCUCAAAUAUGACUUACUUAAGUCUAUAAAGACAAUAAAACAAAAAUAAAAACUUAACAAAACAAAUUGACUUAUUUGAGAAGAAAAUAAUUUAGUCGUACAUAAAAAACCCCAUAUACACUUUUUCUUACUCAAAUGCGAGUGAAGCUCAAUGUGAGCUUUUAAAGGGACAAUGCCACCGGACUCAACUAUACAUCUUUCAUUCUUUCACCAUCACAUUUCAUAUUUUGGCAAUGAUUCCAGACAAAAAAAGGUCUCAUGAUUUCGCUAAUCUCUACACAGUACAUAAGUAUUGAAACGCAUAUCGAGGGGAACACGACGUGAACCCAUCACCACCGACAAAUUGUUAUGAAGCCAUUUUCUACUGUCUUUUACAGGAGAGCUCGGCAAAACAUUUCAUUCUUGAUAACCUAGAAAGUUACAGCUUUUGCUAAAGGUAGAUUUUUAACUUUAUAGCAUAGAGAGUAAUUUUAAGAAGUAACAGAAAAAGGAAAUAACCAGGCACCGAAAUUCUUCAAUUUUCUGCCAUUGACGGCCUUGACGAAGACGAAGACGAUUCAGAUUUGGGGCAGAAUCUAUAUUCCUUCUCUUCAAGUUUUCCUACCCCAAAAUGCCCCAAAUGUUCCAACGAAUUUACCAUAUUGUCCCUGCAGAGGAAUCUUUCACUGCUCAUUUUCUCGACCUCUCUGUAGAUCUCGUGAACAAACACCUGUGUCUUGGCGGCGCCGCCUCGCUUGCUCCUGGCCAGUACGCCGGCGGUGAAUAUCGCCGACAUUCUCCCCGGCGAAGACGGCAGAUACCCACGCGGCCCAUCCACCAGGAUAAUGUCCCAAGCGACGUCGUAUAUGUGGUUCGGGAGAUCAUUGAUGGCCAAUUUGCAGUCGGAGAAGAGCAGAUUCUGUACGGCCCGGCAAUCCUUCUUCGCCUCUUCCUCCGCGUGCUUCAACAGAUUCUGAAAUUCGCUGACUUUGGUGGUGAACUGGACAUCGUACGCCUCGAUUCCGGGGUGUUUCUCCUCGAAUUUCGACACCAUGUACGCGCUCUCGUCGACGAUCACCGUCCGGCCGCCGGGGUUCAGCGAAUGCCACAGAAUUGUCUCGUGGGUCAACCCGAAAAUCAGAAAAUUGCAGGAAUUUCCGCACCGCCGGAGAGCCGCCGCGACGGCGCCCACCUCCGCGGGCGACAUUCGGGAAGCCACCGACGUGGUAUUCAUGGUGGCGUAGUGCAGAAGCGCGUCGAUCACCGGUUGGGGUAACUGAGACCUCGAUGCCGCCGACGAGUCGGUGCCGGCUCCGGGAACGGCAUCUUUGCCGGAAAACAGAGUGAGGGCAAAGGCGAAACCGAAGAAUGCGACGAAAACGAGAACAAGGAUGCGGUGAGAAGCGGAAGGCAGAACAGAGACGCCCUGUUUUUGAAGUGAUGGGUGGAGAACGAUGAGCUUUGUGCCGGUCUUCAUCGCCCGAUUAGGAGAUGGAUCCGAAAUGAAUCGGGUCGCAGUAUUUUUGCUCAGAUUUCGAUCUGUGAAUCUGUCUCCUUCCUUUUUUCUCGCGUUUAAAAUUUAAACAGAAAUAAGCAACGGCUGAUCGGGAGAGAUGAAUGGGAGAAUAUGGAAAGGCAGAUGAAAUGGUAGAUAAGGUCCC